AUGGGUCUCCUCAAUGAGGUCGGUGAGGACGAGUACCAGCCCACUAAUUAUACCAAAGCCCUUAGUCUUCCGCAAAUUGGAAAUGGAUAUCUCGGUCUCACUUCAUGUACCAGUGCUGGCUGUCUAAAAUUCCAUGGAUUCUCUCGCAAGCGUGGAUGGACAAACCCAAAUAACCCUGAAGACACAUCUUUGAUGAAUGCUUACGGAACUGACAAAGACCUAUUCAUCUGGGUGAACGAGUUAGGUUAUGGAAAGCACCUGAAUGAUUACUUAGGUGGUUACAAUCUCGGUCGCCGAUGGUGGAUUAACCCUGAUGUGUAUCCUGUUAAGGAGAGGCUCAUUAAAGGCGCUGAUCCUAGUCCGGAUGCGCCUUUUCUUGUGGACAUCGGCGGUAAUGUAGGCCACGAUCUGGAAAGAUUCCGCGCUGCAUUUCCAGAUGCGCCCGGGAAGCUUAUCCUCCAAGACUUACCCAUGAUGGUUCGCCAAAUUAAGGAUUUAGAUUCAUCGAUGGUGUGUAUGGAGUAUGAUUUUCGGGAUGAGCAACCUGUUAAAGGCGCUCGAGCCUACUACAUACACUCAACUUUACAUAACUGGUGUGAUGAUGUAUGUGAAACACUACUUAAGCGUGUCAAGGAUGCUUUGAAACCCCGGUAUAGCAGGCUCUUGAUAAAUGAAUUUGUUGUCCCAGAGACCGGGGCCCACUGGGAAAUUACUGGGCUUGACAUGAUGAUGUUGGGGCUGUUCUCCUCUGAACAGCGCACUCGGGCCGCGUGGUAUGACUUGAUUGAGAGACGAGCUGGUCUGAGGAUCGUACAGAUCUGGAGCGCUGGUGCUGGGGUGGAAAGCGUGAUUGAGUGCGAAGUAACCGAUUACGAGGGAAAAGCAUGGCAUGGAAUUCGAUGA